AUGGUGAUAGUUUUCCAACUCCCGUUUCCGAUUUGGUCAUUUAGUGCCGAUCCAGCCAUGAUGGGAUUUGUCAAUUUGUACUAUCCCGGACCACCGGGACCUUACGGUACACCUGGUCCCACGCCAACUGGAAUUCUCACCCCAACUGGAUUUUAUCCUCAUCCACAUCAUCCGAAUCCUCCGCUGAUGGUUGGCCCACCAUCCGGUCCAUCCACUCCCUUCAAUGCUUAUCCAACCAUGCUCCAGCCAUCCUAUCCGACCACACCGUACAUCGGUGGACAGUCUGCUGUGGCUGGUCUGACUGUCCCGAGUGCUGUCCCCGUCACCCAACCGAUGCUCAGCUCAAGUCCGUUGGCUUACACCUCACCAUUGUAUUGGAAUACACCCGUAUCGGCCUCGAUGAUUGCCGCCUCUCUCGGUGCAAACACAACCGGUCUAGGGUCAACAGCUGUAACCACCGUGGCAGACAUGAACGGAACAAAUAAAUCCAAUCUAGUGACUGGCACAAAUCCGUACAUCGAUGUGAAAAGACUAAUAUUGGAAACCGAAACAAUGAAACAUCUGUCUUUUGUGAUGGAGAACUUCGAAGAUGAUGACGAUGAUGAUGAUGACAUUCUGGAGAGGCUGAUUCACUCAUCUUCACUUGGUCGUCGUGGUUGGAAAGUGUACUACGCACGUUUGCGUGAUCUGGUUCUCUACCUGUACAAAAACGCCAUGGUCGCGAAUGCAGCUGCUCGAGCGGAAGAAUUGCACAAUUUGCACCAACAACAACUGCAACAGCAUCAUAAUUGUUUGCGUCAACUGGCUAUGCAACAACAGCAGCAACAUCAACGAUUGGUCAUAAUGCAUCCGCCAGAGCAACCGGAACAGAAAGAGGAAGAAGAAGAGGAGGAGGAGGAUGGUAGCGGUGGUGGAGUCAAAGAUGUGCGAACGCAUGAAGAAUCCGAGAAUCCGUCCGGCGCGGAACAGAUGAACGGAUCAAUGAAUCCCAAAGCGGAAAGAGAGGAUAGUUCGGUGGUUUCAGAUUGCCCCACAUCGUACGAGACACAAGAACCGGUCACGUCCCCUCCCACCAAAGAAACAGCUCAAUCAACCGUUUCACUCAACUCUGAGACGAAAGCGGAACUGAACGGGUCAAACAAAGAGAUGAACGAAUCGAAUGUUAGUCAUCAAUCGAAUGCUGCUGAGACGGAACCUCAUCCGCAUCCGAAAUCAGAUCAACCGGACCCGGUUUUCUCCUCCCCAUCGAUCAGUCCCGAGGCUAAGGCAACUAAUUCCCAUUCACCAUCCCCAUCUCCUGAGUACAGUGCUCAGCCGGAUGAUCCUUCAGCCUCGAACGGCACAGCAGCAACAAACAACAAUCUCGCUCACCCAUAUUCGACCGAGAAUCAAUCCACUAUCGCCUCGGCCAUACCAAUUCCAACACCUUUGGGUUUUGGGCCUACAUCGCAGGCAGCCCUGGCUUUUCCACCGCCUCCGACAUUUGUUCCACCGGCAAUCCCACCCCCGGAGGCAGUGAUUCGGAUUGCGCAUGCCAUCGCUUCACGAGCGACCGAUUAUUUGAAGAAACCCAAUGUAUUCCGUUUGAAAACACGCGAGGGAGCCGAGUAUCUGUUUGAGGUUGCACUACUCUUCCCUUACUUUUACUGCAAAAACUAUUAUCUGUUUGGGGGUUAUUGGUGGACCGCACAGUUGUAUCUCACUGACGCUCGCCUACAUAUUGUGUUCAUUGUGUUUUCCGCUGCUCUCCCUUUACCUGUGCGUCGGGAAUACAGCGAUGCAAAAGAGUUAGACAUGUGGGUCGAACGGAUCAAUUUUGUGGCCGCAUUGCUCUCCGCCCCUGCCAUCCCCGGACCGAUCGGAUCGGAACGUGGAUUCUAUCGUCCGCAUUUACCCGUAACUUGUACCAAACUCAACAUGCCAACUCGUGCCUCGUCCAUAUCCGGUCGGACCAGUGACGCAGCCAGAGCUGCAGCUGCUGCCGUAUUGGCUAGAGCUAUUAAUAAGGAACCAAAGUGGACUAAGAAAGAUGACACCUCCACCAUUGGAAACACCACUUCCACAGAAACCGAUUCCAUCGGCUCUAAUGAACAGCGAACUGAGGACGGCAGUGCGGAAUCGUCCAGCACAAUUGGGACCACCAACAGUACAUCUACAACGGCGGCUCCAACUUCCUCCUCAUCCACUGUAUCCUUGAUUUCGGUAUUUUCCACCAGUAGUUUGGGACGUCGACGCAAAACAAGCUCAGGUUCCCUGUGCGGCACUGCAGACACCACUUUGGGCCCGGUUCUCACGGCCAAGCAGCGUGCCGAACAUGAAGAAAGAAUACAGUUCACGGAAGCUGAGAUCCAUCGAUACAAGACUUAUGCCAGACUAUUAGAAGCCGAACUAUUUCGCAUUCAACAGUCUUCGGCCGCCGUCGCACACGCCGCCGCACUGGCCGCAGCAAACAAUUUCUCACCCUAUAUGAAUCCUUACAAUCCACUGCCUGGCAAUUUACAUGGUUUCCAGCACUACGGUCCAAUCGGUUUUGGAUCCGGCACCGGUAUUCCUUUCUCGGCUCCCAUCCCGGUACAGUCACCCCGAUACUUUUUACCACGUGAUCACCCGGUUCCGGCUUACGCAACGACACCUAAUAUGUUGCCAUUGGCUGUCCUUGGACCUUCGGAUCCUCUUUCAGAAGAAUCGACUAAUACAGAACUUACAUCUGAUCCAGCCAACUCGAUUUCUUCCUCAGUGGCCAAUACCUGUGUGAGUAAUCCUCCUUUACCCUCCAUGUACUCAAUCCCAACAGCUGUGCCAGUCGCUAGCCGACCUCGGUCCCUUCCAUAUUCUUAUUAUGGUCCCCAAUUGGCACCGCCCUCUUCUUAUUCCCCAUCAGUUUCCGGACGCUUCUAUUCUCAUCCGAGACAGCUGCGCAAUCCACACCACUACCGUCAACAACAACAACAGCUUGGAUUUGGAGCACCUGGUUCGGUAGGUUUCGGUCGAAGCAACGGCAUGAUGAUGAUGAUGAACGGGCAUCGUUUGGCUGAGGAGGACUCCACUUCCGAAUCCCCUCCAUCCCCAUCAUCAGACCCCGCAACUGUCUCUGCAGAGGGUGAAUCAUCC